UUCUACACAUUUCACUCACUUUCUUCUCCAAUGGCUUCCCCUUUCCUUGGAGCUUCCAUGGCUCCCCCAUUUUACCUUUUCUUUCUUUUUUUUAUAUGGCUAUUCUAUUUUUCUCUGCUUUUUCCUUUCUGGGUCUCUCUCUUUUUUGGUCUUUGGUUUUGCAUUUUGGGGCAUUUGUGGGUUCCUUUUAUUUUUGGCCUCUCCUAGAAGAAAAGGUGGUGGUUGGUUGAUGGGAUAUUGGGUUGACUUAUUUCUCAAGAGAGAGAAAAAGAGAUUAAGAACCCUCUUGGGUUUUUUCUCUGUUUUUUUUUUUUAUAUUUGGUUUUGGAUUAGUAACAUACAAAUUUGAUAGAUGCCCAUGUUUGCUGUCAUUCCCCUUUUUCCUUUUUGUGAUUUUUUCUUUUCUAGAGCUUGGAGUUCUUGUUGUUCAUUAUGUUGGAACUCAGAUGAUUGUAUAUUGCUGUGUUUUUCUUUUUUGUUUGCAACUGAGUUGUUUAUGCAGAAUCCAACGCUGGGUUCUUGAAAAUUUAAUAGGAUUUUUAUGAGACUCUUGAAUUAGUAUCUUUUAAGUAAAAUGAAAAGCUGCUUCUUUUGAGUUUUCUAUUAAGGUUUGUUUUAAGAUAUGGGAGUUAAAUUUGGUUUACUAGUUUUUGAGAUCGUAUACCUCGUGGAUAGAUCCCUUCUUUUCAUCAAUUUGCAUUAACUGUAGAAGCUGGUUAAAUGGUUUUGGCCUCCAGUCAUGAUGCUAACUUGAUGAUUUUUAUUUGUAACUGCCACGAAUAUGUAAGCGAAAAAUGUCUUCUCUGUACCAUUUUGUCCUCUCUAAAUAUCUUCCUUAUUAUUCUUUCUCUGAUAAACAUAUUUUCCUUGGGUUCUUUGGAUGCUAAGCUUUAUAAAUGGAGUCCUUCAAUCCACCAUCUUUUAAUGAGUUUUUUUAUAAAAGGAAAGGCGAAAAUCAUGUUAUUUUCGGGUAAUUGGAUUCAGCUUCAAGCAUCGACAUAAAUGCCUUAGAGAUUAUGUUUCCAUAUUUAGGUUGAUGCACCUAAACUAGAAACUUUUAAAGUAUUCAGUAUCUCUCAAGUUAUUAUUAAUGAGCUUCCAUCCUUGGUGAAUUGGUCCUCUUGUUUUCCUCAGUAUCUUUAUUUUCCAGCUUUAUCAUUUUUUUGAGUCUUCGUGUUCAUGACGAUGUUUAGUAUUUUCUGUAUAGCAUCAGAACCUCUUGUUUUGCUCAGCAUCCUUAUUUUCCAGCUUUUUCGCUUUCUUUUGAGUCUUCAUGUUCACGACAAUGUUUAAUAUUUUCUGUAUAACAUCAAACUCCUCUUGUUUUGCUCAAUAUCCUUAUUUUCCAGCCUUUUCGAUUUCUUUCGAGUCUUCUUGUUCACGACGAUGUUUAAUAUUUUCUGUAUAACACCAGAGGUUACAUUCAAAACUUGACCGUAAAUGCCUCUCCUUUGAAUCCAAGGGGGGACAGAUUCAUGAUAAACAAUUCGUUGCAUACAUUGUGCACGACGUAAAGAUAGACAUCAACUAUGGUGAGCUUAAGAAGACGCAGGCUGUUAGGACUAUGCUCAGGGAAAAGUUCAUUUGUAGCUCCACUUCCUAAGUUUUCAGAUCACGAAACCGCUACCGAAAAUCCUAGUCCAAGUAACAUACUCAUCACUUUGCAUCCAAAGUCUUCUGAUGAUGUUAACAUCAAAGAUAGGAGCUCUAUUGUAAAUAUGGAAUCCAGUUUCAGAAAUGCUUUGGAAUGGACCUCACUGAAUGAACAGUCUAAUCAGCCUAUUUCAGGGCAUCCACUAAAGCAUAGAAAGAGACAUAGGAGAAAGAACUCUCAUAAUCAAGAACUAUCAAUCAUGAGGGGUGUCUACUUCAAGAACAUGAAAUGGCAGGCUGCAAUUAAGGUUGACAAGAAACAGAUACAUUUGGGAACGUUCGGUUCACAAGAAGAGGCUGCACAUUUGUACGACAGAGCACCAAUACGAGGAUGGCUAGAAAAUUUCCUUGCAGUGAUUCAAGUUUCUACAAAUCUGUCACUGAAAGAAAGAAUCAAUAAGUUACAAAACAGAAUUUCAUGUACCGAAUUCUCAACCAAAUUAACUGAUGCACUACUCGUUUUAUUCUAUAAGGAUUAAGAAACCAAUUGUAGACAAGAAAAGAUACAUUUGUAGAAGUGCUAAUUGGUACAGUGUUCUGCAUAUGAGAGGAAAUCAGAGAUAAGACAUUGUUCAUGUAUGAAACUUUAAUCAUAUACAUAAACACAUAGAUUUGUA